AACUCUCAUUUCUCCCCAACUGAAAAAAAUCUCUCAAAUCAUUUCGAUUUCAUUUUUCCAACCAAAAUCUCUGAACCAAAAAAUCCAUGGCCACCCCUUCCGCACGUGACGAGAACGUCUACCUGGCGAAACUCGCCGAGCAGGCCGAGCGCUACGAGGAGAUGGUCAAGUUCAUGGAGAACGUCGUGUCCGCCGUCCCCGCCCCCGACGAACUCACCGUCGAGGAGCGGAAUCUCCUCUCCGUAGCGUACAAGAACGUGAUCGGCGCCCGUCGUGCCUCCUGGCGGAUCGUUUCCUCCAUCGAGCAGAAGGAGGAAGGACGCGGAAACACGGAUAACGUCGCCAUCAUCCGUGACUACAGGGCCAAGAUCGAGGCGGAAUUGUCCGAGAUUUGCGCCGGAAUCCUGAAGCUCCUCGAGGAGAAGCUCGUUCCGGCCGCCGGGACCGGUGAUUCCAAGGUUUUUUACCUGAAGAUGAAGGGAGAUUACUAUAGAUACUUGGCUGAGUUCAAGACUGGCGAUGACCGGAAAGUGGCUGCUGAGAACACGCUCGCUGCCUAUAAAUCUGCUCAGGACAUCGCAACUGCUGAGCUGGCCCCAACUCAUCCUAUCAGAUUAGGAUUGGCUUUGAACUUUUCUGUCUUCUACUAUGAGAUCUUGAACUCUCCCGAUCGUGCAUGCACUCUUGCAAAACAGGCUUUUGAUGAAGCCAUUGCGGAGCUGGAUACUCUUGGAGAGGAUUCAUACAAGGACAGCACUUUGAUAAUGCAACUUCUCCGUGAUAACCUCACUUUGUGGACCUCGGAUAUGCAGGAUGAUGGGACUGACGAGAUCAAAGAAGCUCCCAAACACGAAGAAGAGAAACAAGCCUGAAGUCGCUAAUCUUCAUGGUAGUGUUUCACUUCUCUGGUUGUUUUUGUAUGAAGAAGUCGUUCGGUCCUACUUUCGCCUUCAAUUACUCAUCUUUUAGUAGACCAGGCCUCAAUUUUAGUAAUUCACUGGUUAUUUGUUCCAAGUUGAAUCUUUCUAGCUUUCUAAUUGCUGCGAGGUCUCGUAUGCACACUUUCUUAAUUGUUUUUCUAGACAAUAAGGGAACUGAUUGAGAUAUUUCCUAAGCAUAAGGUUUGUAAUAUGCUUUCAUUGAA